AUGGAGGUGUCACCAAUAACAGAGGAAACGACAGUAUCACCAAUGACAAACGAAACUACAGCGUCGCAGACAACAAACGAAAUGACGGUGCCGUUACCAACAGAGGAAACGACACCAGUAACAAAUAAAACGACGGUAUCACCAGUAACAAAUAAAACGACGGUAUCACCAGUAACAGAAAAAACGACAGUGUCACCAGUAACAGAUGAAACGACGGUGUUACCACUAACAGAAGAAACGACGGUGUCACCACUAACAGAAGAAACGACAGUGUCACCAGUUACAGAUAAACGACGGUGUCACCAGUAA